AUGCAUAUAUUGGUUGUCAAUGACGACGGUCCGCCCUCGCGGCGCCUGUCUCCAUACAUCCGCCCAUUUGUCGAUGCUCUCCAGGCCGCCGGCCAUCAGGUCGCCGUCGCAAUCCCAGCGAGAUCUCGGUCCUGGAUCGGCAAAGCACACAUCAUCGAAGCCGCGCUAGAAGCGACAUAUGUGCCCCCGGACGCCUUCCGGGAAGACGGAACAUGGGACGAGGCGUACGAGACCCCCGACGAGAACGAGUCGAAUCGCGAAUGGGUCGUCAUCACCAACGGCACACCCGCCAGCUGUACCCAACUAGGCCUGUUCAACCUUUUCGCCGACCGAGGCCCCAUUGACCUCGUGAUCUCGGGCCCCAACCACGGCCGCAACGCUUCAACGAUCUACAACCUCUCCUCGGGGACCGUCGGCGGCGCCCUGGAAGCCGCUAUCUGCGGGAAGCGCGGUAUCGCCAUGUCCUUCGGCAGCAAGGACGAGCAGCCGAUCGAAGUCAUCCGCGCCGCCGCCAGGCUCGCUGUGCGCGUCGUCAACCACCUGUACCAGAACUGGGACGAGCGUGUCGAGCUGUACAAUCUGAACGUGCCAAUGCGCGCGGACGUGGAAACCAGACCGGUCCGCUAUACUCGCACUCUACCCUACUACUGGUCGAAGGGCUGUCUGUACGCCGAAGUGACUCAGGCCAACGGCCAUUCUACGCCGGGGUUGACGAACGGAAGCUCGAACCACUCAGAUGAAAAGGCCGAGAAACUGAGUAACGGCUCGGCCACAAAAGCUGUGAAUGGGUUCGGCAGCUCGCACCUUAAGAAACGCAGUUUCGCCUGGUCGGCGGAAUUGUCCGAGAUGAAGAAAGCUCUGCAGGCAAGCGAGGAGGGAACUGAUGCGCAUACUGUUCUGAAUGGAAGUACUAGUGUUACUCCCCUUACCGCAAACUUCUCGCAUGUUUCUGGUCUUGAUGGACCCUUGGAACUUGAUGACUGA